CAGAGUCUGACAGGGCGGCACGUCACCGCGGACGACGGGAAAUGGCCUGUGGGAGACCCGUUCGCCGGUUCAGGCAAGCGCGCCGGGCGGAAGUGCGGUGAUGGCGGAGUUCUAUGUCAAGCCCGGGAACCAGCAGCGCGGCUGGAACGACCCCCCGCAGUUCUCCUACGGCCUGCAGCAGCGUCCGGCUCUUUCCAGCGGCUUGACCCAGCGGGGUCCCUUCCGGAGAAGAGUGGCGGCGGCAACAGAAGGAAAGGAGCCCGAAGCGGCGCCGCACCCCCCCGUUGCCUCUAGCCCAGUUGGACUGCUUGUCCCACAGUCUGUGAACCUGCCUCCUCCUGGACCACAAGCCUCUUUUCAGAAAGCAGAUGCCACAACUCCAUCUGUUGUAAAGGCUGACAAGGAAUAUGAAAUAGAGGAUGUACUUUCUUCCUUGCAUGAGACUCUGAACAACUGUAGGAGCUGUGUGCAGAAACAGGUUUGUGAUGAUAUCCAUAAACGCUUGGUAAUUCUGCAGGAAAUGUGGACACAAGGCAAAUUAUCUUCCCCAGUAAGAAAAAGGAUGGGAAUUCUAACAGACGAACUCAAGAGUCAGCAUUGGGAUGUAGCUGAUGAGAUUCAUCGCUCCCUAAUGGUAGACCAUGUUGCUGAAGUAAGCCAAUGGAUGGUGGGAGUCAAAAGGCUUAUUGCUGAAACAAAGAAUUUGCCUGGAGAAGAUCCACUGCCGUAGAACAUAAGCAAAGAGUCAACCUGUUUGGAUCUGAAUGCUUAUAAGAUUUGCCUGACCCCAGGAACUAGCCAAUAUGAAAAUGGACCCUGUCUGAAAGGCAACCUGGUCCAGGGAGAUUUGAUUUCCUAACCAUUAGAGGAAUAAUUUUAUUUCCUUAACAGCUGUCUAAUUAAAAUUGCAUUUUCCAACUGGAUCAUAUAAUGAGAAUUUUUCUGAUGAAUUAAAAAAAACUUUUUGAAGAAGAUGACAAGUUAAAAAUAGCAAUUUUGCAGAUACUUUUAAAUUGUAUAGUGAAUCCUAAGUGCCAUACUGGUAUUACAUUUAAAGAGUUGUUAAUAUAGCUACUAUAAAGUCUUCCUGUUUAUUUUUUCUUGAUAAGUGUGUUCCACGUUUGCCUGCAGAAUUCACUCCAUCUCUGUUCUCUUAAGUGUGCCUAUUGUACAAAAGCUGUUUUCUGUUCUUGAGCAGGGCUCAGUACUAAAGAUUACUAAAAUCAGGAACAGAUGUUAAAAUAAAUUUUAGAAAAUUCUUUUAUUGCAAGACUUGAUUCCUAUUUGUUUUAAAUCAGGGGUGUCAAACUGCCGGCCCGCGGGCCGGACGCGUCACGAGGAAACUGCACCCUCCCCCUUGCCGGCAAUGGGGAAGAAGUUCCGAUAAGUCACGUGACUUCGCGAGUUUGACAUGUCUGUUUUAAAUGGUUGUAUUAAAACUGUAUUUUUCAUUUUAUUCUUCAUUUAACUGGUUGCCUCUGAUAUCUUUUCUUUUGUAGCUGAUAGACAGGAACAGGAAUAAUUGCUGUUUGCCCUAUGUUUCUUGUUUAAAACAUUAGAAACAAAAUCCUGAAAUAAUUUUUACUAUUUUAUAAAAUAUCUGGAAACAGGUUUAAAUGGCAGCAAAGAAAUUCAUGAAAAAAGUUUAGUAAACCUGAGUAAUUUCCCUGCAUAGAACAGUGCGUGGGGCUUGAUGGCCUCGUUGCUACUUGCAUUCUAUGGGGCUUCUUAAUGGAGGGAUGCUGUUGACAGCUUUUUGCUCUGCCAGCAUUCAACAUUUUUGAAAUUGUGAUUUUUCCUGAAUUUGGCAUGUAGUUUUUAAUAUAUGGAUAAAAUAGUAGCAUGUAUCAAUGUUUGUUACACUAUGAAAGUUUCAGAGAAGUUAGUGUGCUUGGGUGUACGUGUGUAUGUCUUGCAUUUGUGAUCAAGAUAAUUUCUAAUUAGGCCAUGUCAUUGGAAUUCUGAAAAGCUAGUUUCUGUUUGGGUUGUCAUGGUGAAUUUGUAAUUGAUCUGAUUCAAAGAAGUUGCAAAGGAGGUAGCUUUUAUUGGUCUUUUUUGAAACACCCUCCUUCCUGGAGUUGGUUAAUUAAUGAGGUUUUUUUUUUUAAUUUUUUGGUGUAUCGUAAAGUUGGAAACUUGAUUCCUUUUAACCUUCAGAUUCUUUCUUCUUGUUCAGUUUGUUCCAAUAUUUCUUUUCAGUCAUGCGUAGACUGUGUGUCUGUAAAUGUAAUUUUAUGCCCAUUAUUUAUCAGUAAAUGUAUGGCUACUGUUGGUUUUUCUUGUACUAGCCAGUAGUAUCUUUCGUGUUCUUUGUAGCCAAGUGUUAAUACUAUGUUUUGUAGUUCAAAUAUAUAUCUGCAGUUGGAAGGUAUAUGAUAAAUUUGUAAUAAUGAAAA